UUGUCUUGCUCAAUUACAGAUGCAGCUUCCAUGAAGAGAUGCUUUGAUCCUUUGGAAUCUUCCACUAUUCUCAGUCUUCACGCAUCGUAUUAUUUGAAAAAACGAGAAGAGAAAACUAAACAGUUAACCGCAAACGUCGUCGUUCUCGUUUAGCUUUUUCUCCUUUUAGUAAGCUCCGUUCCCUGCUUUCAGAAACACAUACACCAAACACCAGUCGCGAAUCUCAAAACCAAAAGCGAAUCUUUUACUUCUUAGUUUCAUUAUUUUAAUCAAAAGUAAAAAAAAAAAUUAAAAACAGAUUGUGAUGAGGGCGUUGAAUUCACGGCUAGUUCUGAUCGACAUCAACAGCUCAUGGCAAGCAUCGCGACGGUUGAUCUCAGCCACAGCAACCGCUCUCUCAUCCGACUCCUCCUCCUCAUUCCGUCGAACACGUGGCGCGCGUCAGAGGAUCGCAUCGUCGAAGUCUCCAUCUCCAUCUCCGGCGUCUCCAGUGCGGAGGCCGUCUGAUGGAUUCAAUUUCAACGUUCAGCUACCUUCAGCUGACUCAGAAAGCUCCUCAUCUCGGAAGACGCCGCCGUCGCCUCCUCCUUCGGUGGAGCUUGACGCUUUCCUCGAGAUCUUUCCUCCGGCGACGAGGAAAGAGCUCGUCAAGCACGAGGCGAUCGGGGAAUUGAUAGAGGUGGUGAUGGAUUUAGGGAGAAAGCCACUCGCUCGAUUCCCUUCCGGCGAUUGGGUGAUCUCAGAGAUGCCUGUCACACAGCAAGAUCUGAAGCUUGCCGUAUCAAAGGUUGGUGAUUUCUCGGAUGAUAACCGUUCGGGGAUUAACAGAUCGUUGCAUCGUAUAAGCGCUAUACGUAACCGGAAACUGCAAAUCAUUGGUCUAACAUGUAGAGUGGGUCGAGCUGUGUCUGGAAGUGCAGAGAUUAUAAGAGACUUGAUAGAGGGAGGAGGAUCAAUCUUGGUCAUUGGUUCUCCUGGAGUUGGCAAAACAACUUUAAUCAGAGAGAUCGCACGGAUGUUAGCUGAUGAGCACAGGAAACGUGUGGUGAUUGUCGACACAUCCAAUGAGAUUGGUGGUGACGGUGACGUUCCUCAUUCUGGAAUAGGCCGUGCUAGGCGGAUGCAAGUUCCUAAUGUGAAUUUGCAGCACGAUGUUAUGAUUGAGGCGGUUGAGAAUCACAUGCCUGAGACCAUCAUCAUAGAUGAGAUAGGAACAGAGCUUGAGGCAUUAGCUGCUAGCACUAUUGCUCAGCGAGGAGUCCAGCUUGUUGCAACUGCUCAUGGGAUGACUAUUGACAACAUUAUCAAGAAUCCUUCUUUGCAGAUCCUUAUUGGUGGUAUUGAGAGUGUGACUCUUGGUGAUGAAGAAGCAAGGAAACGAAAAGUGCAGAAGACAAUUCUCGAAAGAAAAGGACCACCAACGUUUACUUGUGCUGUAGAGAUGAUUUCGAGAACCGAGUGCCGUGUUCAUCAAAGGCUAGAUGUCACUGUUGAUGCUAUACUAGCUGGGAAGUCCGCUCCAUGUGAGAUCCGUCAAAUCCGUGGCGAAGACGAUUCUCCUCAUAAGCUAGUGACUCCCAUUCCUCUGGAGAGCCUUGAAGUGGAGCCUGCACCGUUGCUCAACAUAGAUUUUGCAAGUGAAGUGCUCUCUGACGACGAAGAGGAAGAUUUUCUUCCCACUCGGUAUAAGAAGGCUAGCAGAAACAUAUCCGUGAGCCAAAGAAGUUCACCUGUUCAUGUUUAUACUUACAAUGUCGCUGAAGCCGAUCUCCUUCAAGUAGCCGAAGUGAUGGGACUAGAAGACGACAUAGAAGUGACAGAUGACGUUGGAGAAGCAGAUGUCAUUCUAGCCUCAAGUUCCGAAUUGAAACAGAAUCCCUCGAUCCGCCGUGUUGCCAAAUUACACAAGCUGCCAAUAUUUGUCAUCAAGUCAACUACAAUGGCUCAGAUGGUCAAGGCAGUCCGAAUGAUCCUUGGGAGAGAAUCGUUUGGCUCAGCCCCCAUAACCGUAAAGAAGUCUUCUGUUGAUGAUAUAGAGAUCAACGAUGAUACUCCAGAGAGCAACCCCAGUUUAGAAGAACUUGAUGCCCUCGAGGAGGUCCGUCUAGCAAUAGAAUACAUUGUCAUCCCAGGAGGUGAACCGGUGGAGCUUCUUCCUAGACGGUCAGACAUAAUAGUCCGACAGCUAGAGCUGGUAGAGAGUUAUCAACUCGCGGUGGAGAAUCUCGGCACUCACCUUAACCCUCGUCUUCAGAUACUUCCUCGAAGAUCCACCAAAAAAAUGUUGUCUCCAAAGAAAGCAGGAGAUGAUAGCAUGGGAAAUACAGUGACUCGUCUUCCUUUCCUCAAGGAUUGACAUCUCUGACUCAGUACAUGUAUCAUAUAUACAUUGGAGACAUGCUUGAACAUUGUACAUUCACUGUUUGCAAUGUAUGUUUGUACUCUUGUAUUUAUAAACCGAAUUGAUUCGUGAAUUACUACAGAAUAGCUUUUUGUUUGUUUUCAAAAUCAAGCAGAAUAUUCUUUUCAUUA